AUGGGUGUUCGAUUGCAAUUCGUGGUUGUUCAUGCAAACAGGAUGUUCAAGUCACAAAAUUUAUUCCGGAGUAGAAAUCAGUAUCAAUCGAAUAAUAAUGUUCCAAAGGGGCAUGUAGCAGUGUAUGUUGGAGAGACGAUUCAAAAGAAGACGCGAUUUGUGGUGCCAAUAUCAUAUUUGAACCAUCCUUCAUUUAUGGACAUGCUAAACAGAGCUGAGGAAGAGUUUGGGUUCAAUCAUCCAAUGGGUGGUCUCACUAUCCCUUGCAAAGAAGAAGCUUUCAUCAAUCUUACCUCUCAAUUGCGUGCCUCCUGAGAACUCAAGGAUUCAUUAUCAUCACCAUGUAACAUCUUUUUUCAGUUUUGUUCUUGGUACUCAACAUUUUUGACAAAUAGUUAAUAAUUAAUGUAUUCCAUUAUUGUAAAUUACAG